CUAAUUAGCAUUCAAAACAUUUACAAUCCGAAAAUAAAAUAAAAAUAAACUAUCGUAAUCCACUAAUAUCAACGUAUGAGUAUCGCAUGAUACGUUUACGACCCGUAUAUUCACAUACUACGACCUUAGUUUAUUUAAUGAUGGAGUUACAUAUAUCACCAUCAAUUGUUAUAUAAACCUACACACAUUAUAUUAAUUAUAUCAUCCCAUUAUCAACUUGUUCCUCAUUCCCCGCAAAUCAAGCAUAGAAAGAGACUCUUGGAUCAUCCAAGUAUCUGAUUCUCAAACCCUAAAAGAUAAUUAUGUCAAUGAAAGGGAUCUCAUCAGCAGAGCCAGAUAAGCUUCCCAGGAGAAUAUCUUUGACCCACAAGCGCAAUUCUGGCGAGCUUGACGUGUUCGAAGCCGCUGUGUACUUCUCCGGCUACAACGAAGCCUCCUCCGGCGACCAUAGAAACACACAAAAGUAUGGCUAUAACGCGGCAAGAGAGGAGAAUCGUAGGAAAUGGGGAAUAUUAGGAGGAGGAAGAAGAAUCAGCUUAGAUUUGCCGAUCAGAUGUUCUGAACAGGUUCACCAUCUUCACCAAGAUCAUCAUGAAGUUACAACAAUCAAGGAGAGACUUAGUAACGUGAGACACAAGCAACCUAGCUCACCAGGUGGUAAAAUCGCGAGCUUCUUGAACUCUCUGUUCCAUCAAUCAGGCUCAAAGAAAAACAAGCCCAAGUCAAAUUCGAAGGCAACAGAUCCCGAAGUGGAAGAGGAGGUCACCGGAGCAGGAUGGAUGAAGAGGAGGAGAAGAAGCAGUAUAAGCCAUUUCUUGAGCUCAAGCAGAUCUAAUUCAACCACCACUACGACAUCAUCAUCAUCAAAAUCUUUACUGUCGUCAUCAAGCUCAGGUUUCAGAACUCCUCCUCCUUAUUUGAACACCCCCACCAAGAACUACAAGCAGUUCUUGAAUUACACUUCUGCUACCAAACAAGAGGCAGAAGAGGAAAAGAAGACCCACAAAGACUACUCGUGGCUGGACAAGAAACUCAAGGUGAUGGAGAGCCUCUCGGAGAAUCAGAGCAACUGGGCUGAUGAUGAAGAUGAUGAUCAGAGAAUAAAGAGAGAGGGAUAUGAUGAUGGAAUGGAGAGUGAUUCAAGUUCUGAUCUCUUCGAAUUGCAAAACUACGAGUUGUCUCGUGGAGGCUUGCCAGUAUACGAGACUACCAAUGUAGCUAAUAUCAACAACGCUCAUAUAUAAUCCAAACUCUCUUGAGCGUCAUCAACUCCAUCAGAUCUUGGUUAGAACACCCAUAAAACAAAUUGUUUUUUUUUUUCGAUUUGUUCUUGUCUGAUUGCUUCAGUUAUAUAUAUGUAAUUCAUUUGGAUUUCUUGGGUUUGAUUUUGGAUGCUUUAAUAGUAUUUUUUUGUUUAUUUGGGAUUUGAGGGUAGAUCGACUUGAUAAAAUACCUAGUUUUUUCUUGUCUAUCACAUGGAUGUUUGUUUCCAUAUCUUUACGUUUUUUUCCCUGUAAAAUAAAUUUUGUACAAUAUUGUUAAUAUGUUAAUUAUCA